AUGUCUUGCUCUCUUCUAGCGGCUACUGACACCAUCGAAGGGAAAAUCUCGAAGAAGCUCAAAAGGCUGUUAAAGAAGUUGUACGUCAAGGAAAUCCACGAUGACGUCCUUGCCGUUGCUGACAAGAAGCUGUCACAGGAAAUAAAUGCAAAGAUGAAUGUUACGACAGUCUCAAAUUCCUCGGUUCAGAACCUGAUGCGUGCAAUCCGCACUCACAUGUCCAGCCUUAUUCCCAGCAUAGAUGAACCGGAUAUUAUGCGUAUGCGUCUAGGGCUAGCGCACAGUCUGGACCGAUACAAAUUAAAGUGCAAUCCUGACAAAAUAGACACAAUGAUAGUGCAGGCUAUCGGUUUGUUAGACGAACUGGAUAAGGAAUCAAACAACUAUGUUAUGAGAUGCAAGGAAAUGUACGGCUGGCACUUCCCUGAACUUUCGAAGAUAGUCACAGAGAGCAUGGCAUACAUUCAAGUCGUUAGGCGUAUCGGUAGGAUGAUUGCUGUCGCGCCAAACCUGACUGCUCUCGUUGGCGAAAUACUGGGAGCGCGCUUGAUCGCCAGGGCCGGGACCCUUAUUAACCUUGCUAAGCACCCUUCAUCUACAGUCCAAAUCCUCGGUGCGGAGAAAGCCCUGUUCCGUGCGUUAAAGACUCGCCAUAAUACUCCGAAGUAUGGGUUGUUGUACCACGCCAGUCUUGACGCCGAUAACGAAAUGGGAAUUCGGGCGAGGGCCUACCUGGAGAACCGUCUGAGGCAACUAGAAGCCGGAACGUUUAAUCCUCGCAUUUCGAAGAAGAGGCCGUUUCCAUCCGGCACACCCGACGGACCUCCGGCCAAAUCCAAGCGGAAAUCGGAAGCAGACGCUUAA